AUCGGUCACUCGCUUAAGUCCUAUAUAAAGAACAGUAUUUUCUCUCUUAAAUCACUUAGCAUUGGGCUUUAACAAUUAAUAUCACGGAAAGACUUCUCUUCUUGAUUUUACGAGUCGAAAUGCUCCGUUAUUCCAUCGUCGCUUUGUUGGUUUUGCUGGAAUCCGUUGGUGGUUUCUUGCUUUCUGAAAAUCGACACGUUGUCGCUUCGAUUAAAGUCGAAAAUGGUGGGACGUUUGGGGUUUGGCAUCAAGUGGAAUACUGUCCAUCAUCAACGUAUGCCGUCGGAUAUGCUAUUAAGGUUGAACAGCGCCUAGGAAGUGGUGAUGACACAGCACUCAACGGCAUAACGCUUAUAUGUCGCACUCGCAAUGGGACGGUUAGCGGCGGUUCAGUUGCUUCUGGCAUUGGACGAUUUGGCUCUUGGUACGACCCGAUGUAUUGUUCCCAAGGACAAGUCAUGAUGCAAUUCGACUUAAAAGUUGAACAGCCUCUGGGCAGUGACGGAGAUGACACAUCGGCUAACGACGUCAUGUUCCGGUGUGACUCGUUUGAGACUAGAACAGGCGCUGCAAGUGACCUACAUGCUGAAGGAGGCACAGGUUGGGGUGAUUGGUCUCCGGCUUGGAGCAAAGCGUGCCCGGAGCAUUCAGCCAUCUGUGGAAUUCAAACCAAUGUUGAACCUUUCCUGGGAAGCGAUGGAGACGAUACUUCGCUCAAUGACGUCAAGUUUUCAUGUUGCGACGACUAAGGCGUAGAAUAGUUGUGCAUGUAUGUUUUCCCUUACCCGACCGACCUAAAGUUUCGGUGGCGACUGGCUACUAUCGAUAUUGUUAACUUUAUAAACGUUUAAAUAUAAAAAUAAUAAGUGUAUUUAAAUUUUGGGCAGUUAUGUUAUUGCACAUCCUUAAACAAUUGAAACUUAUGUAUAGUAAAACAAGCUAACGAAACAAAAUGGUUUGACUAUUUUCUCAUAUGUUAUUUAAGCAAACGACUUUUUGUGUUUGGCUUAAUGUCCCGGUUUCUUUAAGUCACUUCGUUCGAACGAACAUUUGUCAUUUCAAUUGUGUACACCGUUGAUCGUUUUACCCUCCUAUACAAAGAAUAGGAGGCAUACUCAAACUACCUUGGUAAUAUGUCUUGCCGUCGAAACAAACUUUUCCUUUACACAUUUCAACACUUUGUUUCUUAAAAAAUAAAACAGUUCUUGAAAAAUUAUACAAGGGGACCUAAAUGUUUGUUUCAUAAAAUGAAGCUUGAUAAAAGCACUUUAUGUUCCUUUUGUAAUGAAAAUGACGAAACGUUAUAACACAUAUGUAUAUUCUGAAAAUGCAAUUAUACAAAGAGAAAUACAAAGUAUGUUAUUUUACAAUAAAGGUCUCAUAAUCUGCGAAAAUUUCUCGACAUUUUCUGUCAAACAAUAUUACUUGGGACUAUAAGAAUUGAGAAGAAUGAUAUUAAAAAUCUUAUCCUAGAAAUUAAAAAGUAUAUACGUGUAUUCAAGAAAAACGGUUUUAUUAUUUUCACUAAGAGAUCUGAAUAAUAAUCUUUGCUUAGCAUGGGAAAGUCCAACUAUGUGUUGACCAAUAGCAAUAAUCUUAUUGUAAAUUGUUUUGUUUUUUGUGUUUGCUGUAAAUAAUUGAAAACCAUGGUCACUGUAUUUGUCUAUGAUUUGAUUAAAUGUUAAUAUUAUUCGGAA